UUUAUUUAUUAUUAAUUUUAUACCUAUGGCUUAUUUCUUUCAACUCUCAAAGGCUGCUGUUACUCUGCUUUUUGUUUGUUUUCCUGAAUUCAACAAAAGGAGGCUCUGAUUUGUUCUUUUGGUUCAGUAAUUAGUCAUAAAAGAAAUGGAGACGACUCACUCACUUCCAUUCGACUCUUUUCUCGACAAAAUGCGAAACCCUGCUUCUCUAGACCUUGUUCGAUCCAUCAAGAGCUUCAUUGUGUCAUUUUCAUUUAAUGCGGGAAACCCGGAAAAUGAUGGGAAAAGGAUACAGGACUUUUUUUUGACAACGGAAGCUGCUAUAAGGGAUCAUCCUUUAUGGGCAGGCUCCACCGAUGAAGAAAUUGACAAUGCCUUGGAGGGUCUGGAGAAAUAUGUUAUGACAAAACUACAUUCGCGGACCUUUGCAUCCUCUGCUGAGGACAUCAAGAUGGAUCGAGAGAUCUCAGAGAAGAUAUGCUUGUUGCAAACCUUCUUGAGGCCUGAACAUUUAGACAUACCAGUAGUGCUACAAAAUGAAGCUUCAUGGCUGCUUGCAGAGAAAGAAUUAAAAAAAAUCAAUGCUUUCAAAGCUCCUCGUGAGAAGCUUCUGUGUAUCAUGAAUUGUUGUAGAGUCAUCAACAAUUUACUGCUCAAUGCAUCAAUUUCAGAAGAUCAUGUUCCAGGAGGGGCAGAUGAUUUUCUUCCUGUUCUUAUAUAUGUUACGAUCAAGGCCAAUCCUCCACAAUUGCAUUCCAACCUCAAAUUCAUCCAAUUAUACCGGAGGCAGUCAAAGCUUAUCUCAGAAGCAGCUUAUUAUCACACGAAUCUUGUCUCAGCCAAGUCCUUCAUUGUAGACUUAAAUGCCAAAUCUCUUUCUAUUGAAGAAACUGAAUUUGAGGAGAGUAUGCAAGCAGCAAGAUUGGUCAAUAGAGUGCCCCAAAUAACCUCACCCACCAUAGAUAAGAUAUCAACAUUUGGGAAGCAGACAGAUCCUGGUCCAUCAACAGAAAUGCACAAAAGGAAAACUAACAUUAAUGAUCAUCACAUAGCCAUUCUUGGAUCAGCUGGGUCAAAUUAUCCUUACAUGGAAGCUGAGGCUGGUGAACUGACAGUAGCUGAUGUGGAGAGAUUACUAGGUUUGUACAAGGAUGUGGUAACUAAGUAUAAUAGUUUGUGCAACACUGUUAGACACCUUUCUAUUUCCAAGACCACAGUUUCCCCGGCUGCAGAAGGAACUAAUGACUUGUUAAGAGGGCGUAAUGGAACAAGCCGAGACACAGAUUGCAAAGGAGACUAAAGGCGAGUUCGGGUCUUACGCCCUUGGAACAGAAGGGGGGACAACGGCAUGGUCGAGAGGUUAUCCACUGCUCUCUUGUAAGCAUCUUGUGUGAGGGCGUAGCUUCCAGAUCCAAACUCAUAACCCCAGUUACCAUACCAGGAAUGGCCUCUGGUAAUUGCAUGAAGCAGCCUGUAUUCCAUACCAUAUUUCUUUGAUACAUCCAUCACGGUUACCUUCCUGUUCAACAAAAUUACCAGAAAGUAGGAUUGAUGAAACACUCUACGGUGUUCUCAAGAGUCCUUAAAUCCUAUAUUGAAGAAAAAGAGAAAAUUCACACUUAUUUAAGCAUUUGUAAUAAGUAGAAUAAUAGUAAUACAGUAACAACACAGGUGAAGAAAAGAAAUGUACGCAUAGACUGAUGGCUGUUAAGACAGGUACAAUGGGUUUAAGAGGAUGUGAAAAGGCCAUGUAAAGUAUAGGCGAGGGUUUUUCUUUACCAUCUUUACACAAGUAAAUUAGUAGAAGGAAGUGUGAAACUGCAAUAAUUUUUUA